AUGGAUAAGAUGCUUGAAUCACAUAACAACGACUCCAUCAAAAAGAUGAUGCUGAUGCAUGAGGAAAUUUUUAAACAGCAGGUUAAAGAGCUCCACCGGCUAUAUAAUCUUCAAAAGAAACUUAUGCACGAGCUUAAAACCGAAGUACUACGAAGAAGGGCACCUCUAACAGAGACGGUUACUAACAAUUCUAAAUUUGCUAUAUGGCAUCAACCAGUAACUAAUAUACAAAACCAUGUCCACCAUGCUCAUAGUGUAAGAUCAAAUGAUUCAAAGGAACAAAGUGGUAGUUUCUUGGGUCCAGAAAGCUCAAGAAUGCCAAUGAAAUUAGACCUAGCUGAUCAAGAAGGCACCCCGUCCAUAGAUUUACGAAAGUUUGGAAAGGAGAGAGAACUGGAAAUCAUUGACAAAGAAACAGGAGAUGUGGAAUUGGAACUAACACUGUGUAUUGGGCGAUACCAAAGAAAAAAUAGAUUGCAGAGUUCUUCUCCAAUCAAAAAAUAUGUUCUCCCAAGUUCUAGUAUUACCGAUUCAAGUGCCUAA